GAUUUCCGUAAAUUAUUUAUAAAUGUAUUUAUUUAUUAAAACUAUUAGAGUGGUGAUAACGGUGAAAUAUACGAUUUCAAUAUAAAGAAUUAUAAUUAAACAUAUUUGUCAAAUCUGCAGAAAUAUUAUAAGUUAUGUAAAGUUUUUUUACAAUUUUAUAUUUUAUUGUAAACAUUUUAAGAGAAUGUUUUAUUAAAACAAUCUAGUGGUUGUACUGUGUUGAGUAAUGUCUGAUUAAAUAUAAAAACAAACACCUUAUUCUACUUCUGAUUCUGAACUUUAAUGUACUUUUGAACUUUAAAGCUUUAAGAUUAAGCAUAAUGUUGGAAGCAUAAGCACGUAUUAUAAAAUGUCAACUCUUUCCACAGUUAUCUUAUUUCUGGUGAUACUUAUGUUAUUUAUUUAUUUUUGAGUGUACACAAAUAAUAGUAACAUAACUUAAAACAUUUGUAAAGGCGGAUUGCGUAACAUUCCAGACUGCCUAAUGUGCCAUCUUUGGAUAAGAUUUGUAAUUAGUGUACAUUCUCCAUUGGUUGUUCUUAGCUCUCAUUUACAUUUCUACAGAGAUAUUUAGAACAGUUCAGGAUGAUUUUUAGGAUGGCAAUGGACCAAUUUUAAGGUGUAGCUAUUUUAUCUUUAUACGUAAGUAGUGUUGUAUCAUACAAAAAAUGUAAUUUUUUCAUUUGUAAUUUUUGUGAUAUUAUUAUGUACAUUAUUAUUUUAUGUCCCCUUUUCGUUGUGAAUAAAUUGGAUGUAGAGUAUUUAUACUUGUGUUUUCUUUUAAAAAAAAGCAUUAAUUUUUGUCUACUGCCAGCAAGCUAAAACAGAAACCAGUGAUUUUCCAAAUUGAGGUUUUUACUUGAAAAAUACAUGGCCAUUUGAAAUUGAAAGUUAGUCACAAACAGUGUCUGCAAUUAAUUCAAAACACAAAAGGCAAUACAUUCAUGCUUGUCAUGCCCAGUAAGGUCUUCUCAUGCAGUACACAGUAUACAGCCGACUCUCGAUAAUUCAAACAUUCGAUAAUUCGAAACUCUUGGUAAUUCGAACGAAAAGGCCGGUCCCUUGAAAAACUCUCGCUAUUUCGAAAUUGUUCAAUGCAUUUUGAUACACUCGGUAUUUCGAACUUACCGCAGAGGACAGACUAAUUUUGAACACGCAGUAAUUCGAAGUCUUGUCGGCGGAACUCUCUAUAAUUCGAAAUGACGUAAACGAAUUGAGGUUAGGCCGAUACAGAACACGCAGUAAUUCGAAGUUCACUCGACAGAACUCUUUGUAAUUCGAAUUGAGAGUCGGCCGGUGGGAAACACGCAUUUCAAAUUAUUCCUGUCAUAACAAGAAACUUUGCAUCCUGUGUCCCAGAGCAUACUCUUUGCAGUGUUGGUUAUGUUUGCGCCGUGUUGUGUGGAAGUCGUGUUUGUUGUGUGUAAGAAGUGUUUGUCGUGAUGGCUACUAAGCAAAAAUAUAAAUGUCUUUCUCUUUCGGAAAAGAAAGAAGUGAUCGCGGCGGUAGAAAGUGGUAAAGCGAAGUCGGAAGUUGCAAAAACAUUUCAAAUCCCUGCGAGUACCUUGUCUACCAUUCUAAAAAAUAAACAAAAAAUAGUUGAAGUGAGUUCCGUAGCAGGAAGAAAAAGAACGACAAAAGGUGAAUAUCCUAGAUUAGAAGAGUGUUUAGUCACAUGGCUUAGACAGUGUAGAGAUAAAAAUGUUCCUGUUGGAGGUUCGCUUUUAAAAGAAAAGGCAAAGGCAUAUGCUAAAGAGCUUGGCAUCCCCAGCUUUGCAGCAAGCGAAGGCUGGUUGACUAAUUUCAAAAAACGUAAUGGUAUAUUUUUUAAAAAGGUUUGUGGGGAAAGCGCUAGCGUUAGCGACAGUGUGUGUUCCGAUUGGCGUGCAGAGUUGUCCAGCUUAACAGAAAGUUAUGAACCACACAACAUUUUUAACACCGACGAGACUGGCUUAUUCUUUAAAUGCAUGCCGGACAAGACAUUUACAUUUAAAGACGAGAAAUGCCACGGAGGGAAACAUAGUAAGGAAAGGUUAACUCUUCUGUUGACUGUUAACAUGGAUGGUUCCGAAAAAUUGAAACCCCUCCUCAUCGGGAAAGCAGCAAAACCUAGGUGUUUUAAAGGUAUCCAGUCAUUUCCCGUAACCUACCGCUCGAACAAAAAGGCGUGGAUGACAACGGAGUUGUUUAACGAGUGGUUAAAUUCAUUGAACAGCGACAUGAAAAAACAAAAUCGUGAAAUCCUCUUAUUCCUUGAUAACUGUUCAGUUCAUAACAACCCUCCAAAUCUCUCGAAUGUGAAACUUCACUUUUUUCCACCAAAUACAACAUCCAAGUUGCAGCCUCUAGACCAAGGCAUAAUUCAAAACUUCAAAGCAUUUUACAGACAUGAAAUAGUCAAGAUUGUACUGGAUGGAAUUGACAGUAAUGAAACUCCAAACAUCUCUAUUCUCACAGCCAUGUUGAUUGUUGAAAAAGCGUGGAAAAGUGUGAGUCAAACGACAAUAUUUAACUGUUUUCGUAAGUCUGGAUUCUGUGUUAACACACCCGAUGAAGAACUUCAAGUUGUGCAGCCAACACCUUGGGAAUCUCACCCUGUAAUAGGAGAUGUUCCAUUUGAAGAUUUUGUGCAAGUUGAUGACGAAGUUGCAGUAUGGGGAACCCUUACUGAUGCUGACAUCUUGGCCGCUAAAGAUGAAGAACAACCUGAUGUUGAUAACGAUGAGGAAGACCAGGAGUUCCCGCCUGUCACUCUGAAGGAAGCCAGCACAUCCUUAGAAAAGCUGCGCCAUUUUUCUCUCCAGACAGAAGUUGGGCCGGAAGUGUUCGACGCACUAUUUGUGUUAAACAAGGUCGUCGAUGAGGCACGAAUCAACAAGAAAAAGCAAUCAAAGAUAACAGAUUUUUUCAAUUAAUUAUUAGAAAUUAAUGUUCUUUAAGUUUUGUUAGUUUGCCGUAUGACAUUGUGUGUUUAAUAAAAAAACUCUUGGUAAUUCGAAUAGUUUUCUUUUCCUCUCAAUAAAUCGAAACUCUCGGUAAUUCAAAACUCUCACUAAUUCGAAUUUUUUUGCAUGUCCCGCCAAUUUCGAAUUAUCGAGAGUCGACUGUACAAGGUGUCCCGUAACU